CGCGCUCGUUUCGCGCUUCGCAUUGCUUCGCAUUUCGAGUCCGGAGUCCGUGGUUCCUGGAAGGAGAGUGCGCGAUACCACGCAGCAGCGACCUAGAGUCUAAAGUCGCGGACAAUCUUUCGAGGCGCUCAAAGAGAAAGAGAGAGAGAGAGCGAGCGAAGAGAAGGAGGUGGCGGUGACACGAAGGUAGAGGAUCUGGAGACAGUGACUCGCGCGCACGACACGGCGGAAGGAGAACCUGGCGGAGUCCUGAUGCGAUGUUAGCCGUAUUCGACGGCUCUGCGUUUCCUACGACGAGUUCGCGCGACAUCGUGCCACGCCAUCCCCAGGUUCCUGCCUCGCGCGCGCGUCUCCUGCGCCACGCUGAUGCGAGUCGGGCGAUCGUGCGGAGCAUCAUCGCUGGCGAAUCGCGACGCGAUAUUCUGUGAGGUGUUGAGCCGUGAAUAGUGAAAACCCAACGGCCGCAUCAUGUUCUGGACGAAUAAUUACGUGUCAUCGCCGCAUAUAGAGGCAUUGCUCAACAAAGAGGAUGUCACGCUGCACGAGUUGAUGGACGAGGAGGACAUCCUGCAGGAAUGCAAGAGUCAGAACAAAAAACUGGUCGAAUAUCUCACAAGGCCCGCUGUGAUGGAAGAAUUGGUGACGCUAGCCACUAAGGAACCAUCUACGGACAUUGAGGAACGUUGGCGUUAUAAGUAUCCUAAUGUCGCCUGCGAGUUGCUCACAUGUGAUGUGCCUACAUUAAAUGAGAAAUUGGCAGGUGAUGAGGCACUUUUGGCCAAAUUAUAUUCUUUUAUAGAUACCGAUCAGCCUUUAAAUCCACUACUUGCAUCAUUUUUCAGUAAAACUAUUGGAGUACUUGUUGCUCGUAAAAGUGAUCAGAAUUGGUAUUCCUAUCAGUUCACAUGCUUACAGGUUUUAGAAUUUCUUAAAAGUCGCCAGAGAUGCGUAGAUCUAUUGUUGCAACACUUAGAGACUUCUGCUAUUAUGGAUCUAGUACUGAAACUUGUUACUCAGGUUGAGGGCAGCGAUAUGCGCCAAAAUAUAUUGAAUUGGUUAGAUAGUCAACAUUUAGUGCAGAGAUUGGUAAAGUUGUUAGCACCUACUGCAGAAUCAACCAAACAUGCCAAUGCAGCGCAAUUACUUUGCGACAUGGUGGCAGUGGCCAGAGAAAAUCAACGUACAUCUACAGAGCGUACUGAUCCAGAUCCUAUUUUAAAUACUCUAGAAUCAGGAGAAACUGUGAGUCUAUUACUAGAAACUAUUCUGACUGGAGAAAAGGUGGAAACUAGUAUUGUUGGUGGAAUACAAGUGCUUUUGGUACUUUUAGGUCAAAAAGCUAACAAUGUGUCAAACGAAGGAGACAUACAUGGUAAUGGCGAUGAAGUGGCGGAUAAUGAGCAACGUAUUAAAAUUUCAAAUGCUAUUUUACCAUAUUUGGAACAUCUUCAUAAACUUCUUUUGGAUCCGCCAUAUAAACCUGCUGUAAAAACAACCAUAGGACUUUUAGAAUGUCCAUUGGGAAAUACUCGUUUGCAUGUAGCAAAGUUGUUAAGUGCGUUAUUGUCGACGGAAAAUUUAAAAAUCCAUGAAAGUUUAUCAAAUUUGGGAACAUUCCAAACAUUAUUGGAUCUGUUUUUCAAAUAUACGUGGAAUAAUUUCCUACAUACACAAGUACAACAGUGCCUGGCCUUAGCUAUUAAUUGCGGACAUCGGGAUAAUGAUAUUAUUUACAAUAAUAUAUUUAUCAAGUGCAAAUUAAUAGAGAGGAUCUUGGAAGCAUGGGACAAAAACGAGAGUAAACAAACCAAAGAGAAUGGCGUUCGUCAGGGCUACAUGGGGCAUUUAAUAAAUAUCGCGAACAAUAUCGUUGGCCAGUGCGAGAAAAGUAAUAUACUGGCCAGCUUCUUGAGAAACAAUUUGUCACCUGAGUGUCUUAGUAAAUGGGAAAAUCUUGUGAAUACACAAUUAGUAGAGAUUAAUAAAAUUCAUCAAACUAUGAUGAUGGGCGAUCGGACCCCAAUAUAUCUAAUGAGCUCUGAGGAAAAUCCGGAUGACUUUAAUCCUUACUCGCAAGAUGUAUACGUCCAACAGAUGUACUCUAAUUAUCAGAACCAACAAAUAACGCCUCCGUUCAUCGAAAACUUCGGAUUCCACGAUGACGAGUUCAACGAUGGUGAUGAUGCGCUUCAUAACCCAGUUGACCAAUUAACAACGUUGGCCUUUACUCUCAGUGAAGAAGAUCUCGACAAACGAGAAGAGAUGUUCAAUAAGCUGUGCCAACAAAAGCAGAAAGCCGGGCUGGAAGACUGUGGCAGUGGACAAGAAUGGGGCGAAUUCUGUAUCAGCGACGAGGGCGAACUCACGUUCCAGACCGUAGUGGACAAGCGGGAUUGGCACUCCAAGCAACAGCAUCAGGACUCCAGUUCGUCGGACGAGGAUGACGAGGAUCCACGCGACGUGCACAUGGAGGUCGACACAACUGAUCCUUGGGAUACUGCCGAGCCGGUGAAUACCGGUACUGUACUUCCACCGGUUAAUCCGUGGGAGGUGACGUCAUCGGAGCCAGUGGAAUCCACCGGUUGGGCCAAUUUUGAAAAUUUCGAAAAUACACUAAGUAUAGAUAACACCACGAGCGAAGAUAAAAAGACAAUGAGCGACGAUGAACUUAAAGAGAAGACAUCGGAAAUAACGACUGCUAAUUUAACGGAGAAGGAUAAGACCUUUAGCGAAAGUUUUGAAGAUGACGAAAAAAGCAGAGACUGUGUAAGUAGUCAAGUGAUCGGAACUGAUUUACCGACGACUAUGGAAACUAAUCUCAGCAGCAGCAAAAGCGAUGAGAACAGGGUGAUCUCCGCGGACGAGAAUAUCGAUUCUAACGAAUUACCAGUUGACAAACAUCCGUUAAAUUCGUUGGAAACUCAGCACGCUAAUUCUAGGAAUUUCAAGAGCGUAGAAAACGAAAAGGAUGUCACGGAGGACGCUGUAGAGAAGGAAAAGCCGCCAGUUGAACAAGUUGCAGUAACAGCAGCAGAUUCUCUGAAAACAACGUCCACCGACAUCGCCGAUUCCACGUCAGUGUCUAAAGAAGAUACUAAAUGAAAUAACAUUUCCCCCUGCCUAUGUUAGAUACGAUCUAUGGCAAUAGGAAGAGAAAAUCAUAUCAGUAUCGAAUUGAGUACGUGAGAACGAUCGGAAAUAUAUUAUGCCUUCUCUAUUUUUUAUUAGAAACCACGUUAAUUAUGCUUUAAGAAAACGUUGACGCUGGGCGCAGGGUAUUUCUCUUCGAAUAAAUCCGAAAUGCCGAAAAUGAUCGACACGCUCAACCAUAGGAAAUAAUUUUGAUGUUUAAUUAUUAGGUAUAUAUAUCCCUUUCCCUACUCCGUCCCUUUUUCUCUCCGAGUGGCUAACUUUCGCGAAAGUGAGGUCUUUCCCCUAUCCUAUAUAUUUUACAAUAAUUAUUAAGAGUUUCGUAAAUUGUUAUUUAUACGUAGGUAACGGUCUUUAUCAAAAUAAAAAAAAAAGAAAGCAAAGAAUGGAUACGUCAAGAAUGAACAUUGUAUCAUUGCGAUUUUUGCGCAAUUUAUAGAGUACCAUGAGAGAGAGAGAAAGAGGAAGAGAGAGGAGACGUCAUAAAUUUUGCCGGAAUCACAAUUUGAUUGAUUUUUCACGAAACAUCUAGUACUCUAUACACAUUUGUACAUUAUAGAAAUGCGGAGGAGAAAGGAGAGUUUAAUUGUAACGCCGUUCAAUACUAUGUAAGACCGGUAUUCUCCACGAACUGGUGCUUUUGCUUAUUCCUUCGAUAAGGCAAAGGUACUUAGGUGCAGUGCCUACUGUCGUAAUUGAAUGUACGUUAGUUUAACAAUGCGAUACGAGCAGAACAAAAAAGAGAAAGAGAGAAUCGAGAAUAUUUUUAUUACCUUUUGUCGUAAUAUUUGGUCGAAAUUUGUACACGAUACACGUAUAAUUAAUCGGGGCUGUCAAACUUGCGCGCUUAUUUGCAUUCCAAUAUAUAAAAAAAAGAAGAAGACAGAAAAGAUUUCUACGUACGUUUAAGCGACUGUUAAAGUCUUUCACGAAGAUCUUCCACAAAAUAAAUAGCGUUAAAUUGCAGAAAAUAAUAUGUGUGUUGCGCAUGCUCCGACCGAGCUAAUUUACUACGUAUAUCUAUCAUUCUGCGAAUUAUGUUACCUGAUUGUUCCGCGACUUUCUUCUGCCUCGCAGGUUUUGCAGCAGCAAUGUGUUUAUAGCGUUGUACACGAAAUAUAUUGUUCAUAAUUAAAUGACAAAAUAAUAAACAUUUGUUCUGAAUUCCGAAA